UACCCGCCGAUCCCCCAGAGCAGCCGAGGCAGCCGUCUCUUGACGGUGAGCGAUAAUGCCAGACGAAGAGCCCAGUCUCAACAUCCCUUCUCUCCUCACACUCGCCGUUGUCUCCUUUUUCGUCAUCCGAUGGUUCCUCAACCGUGAUCAAAGCCCCGGGCCAGCGGGUGCUCGCAGUCGGCGUGGCAAUGUGGUCGAUCCCGCCCAGGUGGAACAGAUCUCCCAGAUGUUCCCUCAACUCAGCACACGCGACAUCAUGUGGGACCUCCAGCGUAACGGAGGGAGUGUGGCGGCGACUACAGAGAGGAUCCUGACUGGACGUGGACUGGAUGUGCCCCCGCCAUCCUUCCAACCUCAUAUCCCUGCCCCCUCUACUAGCACUGCAGCCGCGCAGACCGCACCCGCGCCCCGGACGCUCUCCAAGGCGGACUCGCAAGAUCUCAUCUCGCGCUACAACCUCGCGUCCAAGAUCGGCAGGGAAGAGGAAACGACGGAACCCUUUUCUUCUCCUUCUUCUCCUUCUCCUUCUCGUUCGAACAAUGGCUGGUCACAGAAUAAAGAGGAGCGCCAGAGACUAUUGCAGAAACGGAGGGAUGAUAUGAUUCUGGCGGCGCGGCAGAAGAUGAUGCAAAAGGAUCAAAAUGCCAGCCGAAAUCGGGACUUGUGAUAUAAUGUUUUACAUAUUCUCUACUCUUCAGUCUGUCUUCCAUCAUCUCCCUUCUUUCUUGAAAAUUUUGAGCUAGCUAUAUAGAUUAGAAUUGUACACUCAGACUUGAUAGCAAACGGGUCUGGUCGGUCACUACCACACUUCUUCCCCCCCUGCCCCUGGGUGCCCAUGUGGUUUAUAGAUCGGAAGUAUCGAAUAGCAUUGGUGUUUGGUUGAAUUGUCCUUAAUGAAGCAGAGGCAAUAGCUGCUUCGGGAUAUGUGAAUAUGGCAUAUGCUUCUCAAAGCCACUCUUGUUGAUAGAUCGGGGACUUUAUUCGAAUAUGGCCUAAUAAUAAUGGGUUAAAUAGGCUUUCUAUUGAUGGUUGUCGCCAUUCAAAUGUUUAUACUCUAAUACCUUUUUGGAGGGUAUUAUGCAAUAGGAAUAUAUGGCU